UUUUCUUCGCAAUGGCCAGGAAUCUCGCAGCUAAUGGCGCAAGCUUAUACUGAGUACUUCUUGGAGCCCUCACCAUGGAUGACGCCGCACUUGCACGCAUCGAACAGCAAAGAGUCGAGCUUGAAGCUAAUAUUGCCAAACUCCGCAACUCACUUCGACAUUGGCAGACACUGGAGAUAGACUACGAAAGUCUCAGAGAAGAAUUCACUGGCAUUUCCGAUGACGCCUCGGUCGAAGACUGCUUGGCUGUCGCCAAAGAGGCGAAGCCUGAGCUGGUGGACGAUAAAGAAUUAGGGACCCUGCUUAGAGACAACAAUGGACGACCUCGACAGCCUAGCCAACUGGCUGAUUUAUUGUCCAAGCGCAUAGAAUACGUGGAUCGAAACGUACAAACUGUUCGAAAGCAACUCUCCGGUGCCGAGCGGAAACGAAAUGCAUUGCUUCUUGCUGAAGAGCCUGAUCAUCGUGAUGAAGCAGGUCUGCCAUUAGCUGAAAUCACGGAAGAACUCGAUGAUUCGGGGAAUGUCGUGUCUAGCAAAGUGGCAAAUCCUGAGUCUACUGCACCGCAGUUGAUUGACGCACUGAAGAAGGCUGGGGUCACUGAUUUGAAGCAAACAGACGGCACAAUCACCAAGGUGGCCUCUGGGCGUGAUUUUGAGGCGGAGGAAGGUCAGCUAGAACCCUCAGAAACAGCCAAAACCGAUAACACCACUACUUCAAAUGACCUCCAUGUCAAUGCAGAGGACACCCAGGAAGAGGCUCAACUUCGCCAAGAAAUGUUCGAAUACUCAAGAGGCGUAGAUGAAGUUGGUGCCAUUGUGGCAGAACUGGAUCUCGAAGAGGAAGGCUCAGAUAUAUCCUAUGAUGAGCAGGACGAUAUGCUCGAACUUGACUCUGACUUGGAUCAUGACGAAGAAUUUGACGAGGACGAUUCGGAGGAUGAAAUAGGAAAGAGCACCGGUCGUCUGAGUGUCCCACGGGGUUACCGGAAGAGAAUGGAGGAAUUGCAGGAAAAGCUGGGAUUGAAGAACCUUGGUCCUACAGCCGGAUCCGAGAGCAACAUCGAAGAGAGCGAUUCAGUUGAGCGACCUCCAGCUGCGGAAGCCGCAAGAAAAGCUGCUUUAGCUCGACACAAUCGAUCCGGCAAGAGUAAUUUGAAGUCCUCUGUCAAGACGCCAACUACCGCGGGAGAAGUUGUGGGGAGCGACCAACCCAGGAAGAAGAAGGUGGCCUUCUCUGCUGACCUUGACAUUGCCCCUGGGAAGCCAGCAGCCACUGUGGAACAGCCUCAGGCAAAGGAACAGUCGCAAAUCCCCAAAGCUAGGCCGAUCAUUGAAUCGGUCGUGGAGAGGACGAUUGUUCCCAACGGGGAAGAAGCUCCAACACCGGCCCCAGCCACACCGAAGAAGCAGUCACGAUUUAAAGCGGCACGAGAUACCCAGCCUCAAACGCCCAUGUUUGCGCCUCCCAUGACGCUUCCGACUGAAUCUUCUGGGCAGGAACAAGGACAGCGCGCCUCAACCACAUCACCCUCUAGGAUCAUCGCCGCAAAUCUUGUUGAGCGGCCGUCUCCAAAAGCAUCCGAUGCACCGGAUCCAGAUGACUUUCCUGAGGAAAUUCAUCGCCAGGAGAUCGCCCGGGAAUAUCAAAUGCAUCGGAUGAAGCGAAUUCAGUCUCAAGAUGGUGGUUUCGUGGGAGGUGGAGAAGACGACAAUUAUGGCGAGAUGAUCACGCCAGGACGGGGUAGGGCUAGUGAGGACCCGGCAGGGCGGAAAGUCAGCAGAUUCAAAGCAGCCAGAAUCAACCGGUAGGAGAUGAAGACAAUUGACCUGACAUCAACUAUGAGACCUCAGGUUGCGAACGUUGUUGGGCGACUCGAGCACCUUUCUCAUAUUAUACGUUUUGUUUGGAUGCA